GGUUUUAUUUAAGGAAAUAAUAUAUAAUAAUUUCAAUUUGAUAAAUCAAUGGUCCAUAAUAGACACUAGAACCUGACCCGCGCGCCAGCGCGGAUAUGAAUUUUUGAUUUUUGGUUAUUUAUUUAACUAAAUGAUGUAUUUGUAAUAUUUGAUGUAUUAUAUUCACCAAAUAAAUUUUUUUUUGGCAUCUUAAACCAUCUAUUUAUGAUGAAUAUUCGAUAUCAUAUAAAAAAUAGAACAAACAGACGUAAUUAGAGAAUUGUAAACGAUAUAUAAAAACAAUGGUUAUUAAUGUAAAAUAUGAAGAAAUAUUAUAUUAUGACUUAGUAUGGCAUAAAAGAUUAUAAAUUAGUUAUACAUCUUUAAAGAAAAUAUAAUGAUUUUUAAACUUCUACGAAAAAUUUAACAUAUAAAAAAGGGCGAUGAAUUAGUCAUCAAAUUGUAAAUAAUUUCAUAAUUUUAUUAAUAAUAAAUUAUUUAUAGUCUUUGUUUUUCGUCAAGAUAAUUAUUAAAUGUCCAUAACAUUAAUAUGUUAAAAGGCCAUAUUAUGAUAGCCCAUGUUGUAACCGUUUUUUUCCGGGAAGUGUAACAAAAAAACUCUUCGUUUUGUUUAAGUUCUAUGUCGGUAAAAGAUUAAAAAAAAAAUUUCUAUCUUUUUCAAUGUUCAAUUUGAAGCUUAUUAUGCAAAAAUCAUACGCAAAUAUAGGCAAUGGAUUGGAAUCUCUAUAUCUUUAUAUUCUUACAAAUUUUAAAUUUACUAUUUUCUCUUUUGCAAGCAAAUCAAUUACCGAAGUAAUAUAUCAAUUGGUUGUAAUCAAAUCUAUUCUUAUAAUUAGUGUAAUUAUUAUGGUUACAGUUUCUAUAUUUAAUAAGUACAUUAUAGAUACGACACUGAAUAUAUUAUGUUUUGAUUAAUAGAAGAUAUUGGAUUUUGAGUUUGUAUUUAUUGAUUUAUUUUUUAUAAAGCUUAGAAAUUCAAUAUCAUGAUUGGUUGGUUGAUUCAUCAUAUAAGGAAAACGAAAACUAUAGAUGGUUUGAAUAUUGUACAUCGCUUGAUGCAUUAUGUAAGUGGACUAUAUAAAACUUGAGCAUGAUCAUUUCAAACUAAAGUAUAGGAAGGUUAUAUGCAUUUGUUAUACUGUAGUUAAUAUAUUUUAAAUAUUACAUACGUCAAGUGAUUCACGUUUUCAUAAAAAUAAAAUUCAAGUUCAUUAUUGGGCCGUACUUUUCCGUAAUAAGCUACAUUAAAUAUGAUGUAUUUUUAGGUUCAUUUAAUGAUAUUAAGUUUAAAUUUGAUUAAAGGAAACUCAUUAAUUUAACUGAAAAACAUAAGCAUUAAAAUAUGUAAGUUAAUUUAAUGAUGUUAAGUUUAUAUUUGAAUAAGGAAAACAAAUUAAUCUAACUAAAAAAGACAAGCAUUAAAAUAGGAAAUUCAAUUUAAUUCUCAGUGGCAUGAAAAUGUAAUUAACUUCAAAAACUUAGGGGUAUUUUUUAAUGGGUACUUUUCUUUUAAUAAUAUAGAUAUUAUAUAAUAUAACAUUUUCUAACAAUUUAAUUUUGGACUACCAAAAUUUUCAAUUGAUUCUAAAGCCACCACGUAAGCAAAAUUAACAUAUCAAUUACGUGACAAUUCAAGCAUGAUACUUUUUUAAUUAGUACAAAUUACAUGUUAUAACUUUUUUUAAUAUUUCUCUAUUAAUAUACAGGGGAUUUGUCAAUCUUAAAAUGUUGUCAGCAUUAUUUGAUGGUUAAAGAGAAAAAGGAAGAUAAAGAUUUAUUAGUCAAGAUUUUGAAUCUAACCUAUUAAUCAAAACAUGAUUAGCACAUGGGUUAGAUCUCUUGAUUAAUUGGAGUCCAUCUUCCCUUUAUAUUUUUCAUUAACUCUCGUCCACUUUUUUUUUUUUUUUUUUGAACUUUAACUCUCGUCCAUUUCAUCUGGGGAUAACUCGUCUCUUUGUCCACCUAAGAACAUAAUUUGUAAGUUGACGUCUCUUUCUUUUCUUGUUAUAUAUCUUCUUCUCAAUCUUUUCCUCUUCUUCGAUUCCAAAGUCCAUUUGGUUCGAGGAAGACUCAUUCAUCUAAAAAAUAUAAAUUUAAAAUUACACAACAAAAAAUAAUUUAAUGGUGAGAAUAAAAUAAAAAUUCAUCACUCCUCAUUUGCUAAGAUCAUCUUCAACCCAAACAGAUUUUUUCUCCGCUAAAAUAGAGUAACUCUAUUUUAGAAUAAAUUUUGGAGCGAAAAAAUGAAAUCACUCUAUUUUCUUCUAUAUAAUAAAGUAAUUCUACUAUAAAAGAAACCAUUAUAACAAAAUUUACUCUAUAGUUACUCUAUUUAAUUUAAAAUUAUAGUAAAAAAAAAUAGGUUUGAGUUGAAGAUGUCCUAAGCUCUCGUCCGUACCACCAACCAAUGGACACCGUCCACCACUUCAAAACUUUUACUUCCAAACCUUUACAACCCCAUUAAAUGGAAGAUUCAUCUUUUCCAGAGAAAAAAAUAUGAAAGGAUCGGCUGUUCUUUUUUUUGAAGUUAAUAUAUACAGCUAACGUAAUGUAUGAGAAGAAGAGAUCGUGGCUGGAAACGGUUGACUAAAACGUGGUGGUUUGAACUUUGAAGCUGACUCUUAAUGAAUGUAACAGUUUCGAUCUGAAGAAGGAGAACAAAAUGGGAGAGAAAUCGAGUUCUAGAUGUUGUUGCUGUAGCUGGUUCAUCGGGAUCAUCGUGUUGAUCGCUGUAGUGCUCGCCAUCGUUUUCACGAUCAGACAUAAUAAAUCUAAUAAGCAUCCCGAUGAUGGAGCCGAUAUAGUUCCACUUCCAGGCUCCAUUGAUAAAAACUACGCCGAUGCUCUCAAGAUCGCUAUGCAGUUCUUCGACAUUCAGAAAUCCGGUAAGCUGGAGAACAACAAAAUAACCUGGAGAGGAGACUCUGGUCUUGAAGACGGAAGUGAAGCUGGUCUUGACCUUUCAAAAGGUUUAUACGAUGCUGGAGAUCACAUGAAGUUCGGUUUCCCUAUGGCUUUCACUGCCACUCUUCUCUCCUGGUCCAUUCUGGAGUACGGUCAUCACAUGGACUCCGUGAACCAGUUGGAUCCUGCUAAAGACUCUCUUAAAUGGAUCACUGAUUUCCUCAUCCAUGCUCAUCCUUCUGCCAACCUGCUCUAUAUCCAGGUUGGAGAUCCGGAGACUGAUCAUAAAUGUUGGGAUAGGCCAGAAACAAUGUCUACGAAGAGAACUCUCACCAAGAUUGAUACAGAGACUCCAGGGACUGAGGUUGCUGCUGAAACGGCAGCUGCCAUGGCUGCUGCAUCUUUAGUCUUCAAGCAAAGUGAUCCUAAAUAUUCAAGCACGCUUCUGAAACACGCCAAGCAGUUGUUCGGUUUCGCGGAUAACCACAGGGGAUCUUACAGUGUCAACAUACCUAAGGUUCAGAGUUAUUACAACUCAACUGGAUACGGAGAUGAGCUUCUUUGGGCAGCUUCUUGGUUGUACCAUGCCACAGAGGACAAAACGUACCUUGACUUUGUGUCUAAAAAUGGUGACGAGUUUGGUAAUUUUGGAAGUCCUUCAUGGUUUAGUUGGGACAACAAGCUUCCAGGAACACAGAUACUAUUAUCAAGAUUGACAUUCUUCAAAAAAGACUUAUCAGGAAGCAAAGGACUUCAAGGUUAUAAAGAAACAGCAGAAGCUGUCAUGUGUGGGCUUAUACCAAGCUCCCCAACAGCUACAUCUAGUAGAACUGAGGGUGGUCUUAUAUGGGUUGCUGAAUGGAAUGCACUGCAACAACCUGUGUCUUCAUCAUUUUUAGCCACACUCUACAGUGACUACAUGCUCACAUCCGGCAUUGAAAACCUAGCUUGUGGUGACACAUCCUUUAAACCUUCAGAUCUCAGGAAAUUCGCCAGAUCCCAGGCUGAUUACAUGCUAGGGAAAAAUCCAGAGAAAAUGAGCUAUUUGGUGGGUUAUGGUGAUAAAUAUCCAGAGUAUGUGCAUCAUAGAGGAGCGUCGAUACCAGCUGAUGCAAACACUGGAUGCAAAGACGGAUUCGAGUGGCUUAACUCGGAGGAACCAAACCCGAACGUAGCUUACGGUGCACUUGUUGGUGGACCGUUUCUGAACGAUACGUUUAUAGACGCAAGGAACAACUCUAUGCAAAAUGAGCCAAGCACAUACAACAGUGCGCUUGUGGUUGGUCUCUUGUCUAGUUUGGUUACUACGUCUACCUCACUAAAAUCUUUUAUGUAGAGUUUUAUAAAGGCCCUCUUAAUUAGAGUUACACACUUUCAACACCUUACUGGCUUUCAUUCUAUAAAUGUGUGUGUACGUGUGAGUAAGCUUGGGAUUUUUGACCGGAACUGUCGAACCAAAAUUUUGGUUUGGUUCAAAUCAUUUGAUUAUGAAUUCUGUCUAAAAGAAAAUAUAGUUAUCAGUUUGGUUUGGUGAUU